AUGGAGGAGGAGCAGUUGUACGCGCGCCUGCAUCAGCGCUACCCGAUCGCGCGGCUACCCGCACUCUUGGCAGCGCUCAGCAACCCUGUGUUGCAUGUGGCUCUUCUGAUCAAGAAUUUCGAGCUCAUCUGCGAGAGGAAUGCGCAUUAUGCAAAGCGCCUGCUCAAAUGGAUGGUGGACGAGCCAAUCGAAAAGCAUGUGCGCCUGGAGGCCGGCUCGGAGGACGAAGACUUCUCCGAGUGGAGCUAUGCGCGCUACGCAACCCUGCUUUCCCUGGGGGCCCGCGAUCCGUCCGCCGCUGACGUCGUGCGCUACACCUUCGCGGCCGGCGUAGCCAUCGACGUCCGCGAAACGCCGGGGGUCAUAGCCGCCGCCGGCACCACGGGCCAUCGCACGUGGGAAGCCGCGCUCUACCUGGCCGACUAUCUCUGCAGAGUGCCCCUCCGCCAGAGCGUCGCGCUGGAACUCGGUGCGGGCACCGGCCUGGUGAGCCUGGCGUGGCUGCGGUCGCGCCCCGAGUCCUCUGCGUACAUCACCGACGGUGACUCCGCGCUCCUGGAGGGCCACCUUGCCGAGAACCUGGCGCUCAAUGGCCUGCGCUCGUCGCCGCGUGCUAGCCUCCGCCGGCUAUGGUGGAACGUCGACGAGGUCCCACAAAACGACAUCGUGCUCGCCGCGGAUGUGACCUACGACAGUACAGUCCUCCCAGACUUGUGCGCUUGCAUACACCACUCGCUCGCUGAUUGCGGUAGUCAAUUAGCGCUUGUAGCCGCUACAGUGCGCAACGAACUCACUGUAGCGAACUUUGAGAGAGAGCUUGAGCGCCUGGGGAUCGCACAUACCAUCGUUAGCAGCACUGAAACAUCAGAAGCAGAGGCGGACCGAUUCUCCACCAACUACAUCUUCCAGGCAUCUGUAGCGCCCAUCAGGAUAUAUAAGCUUACCCUAUAA